AUGUUCCACUUUCGGGUCUCCUCACACUGCUGCCAGGUCCAUACUGAUUCAUGGCCCCCUGCCUCUGUAUGGCCUUCAAUUUAAGCUGCUUACGCUUCGCCACUCUGCCAUGGGCCCCUGUACCGCCUCCUCUUGCUGCUGCCAGGUCCAGAGUAUGUCAUGGGUCCCUGUACGGCCUCCCAUUGCUGCUGACUUCAUCGCCAGACUCUGCCAUGUGGCACUUUCAGGUCUCCUUACACUGUUGGUGGGUUCCAUUUUGUGAUAGGGUGCUGUAUGGCCUUCCAUUGCUGCUGCCUCCCCACCGCCACCCUGCGCCAUGUGCCUCU